UAUAUCUUUCCUUAGAUUUAUUUGGUUCCCGGUUAACGUGUCUUCCGGUGUAUGGUUGCUCUUUGAGUAGUCGUUGAAGCAAGUGGUCGGAUGGUAGUUGGAAAUUGGGGUCGUGUUUGUCUCUAAAGCUGGUGAAGGCUAGUAACUGAAUAUGGUUAACGGCCGCAUACCGUCGGUCUUUAGUAAGACCUAUGUCACACCAAGGCGUCCAUAUGAAAAGGCUCGUCUUGAUCAAGAAUUAAAGAUCAUUGGUGAAUACGGCCUGCGAAACAAGCGGGAAGUGUGGCGUGUGAAGUACACAUUGGCCAAAAUACGGAAGGCUGCAAGAGAACUGCUGACGUUGGAGGAGAAAGACCCUCGUCGCUUAUUUGAGGGUAAUGCCUUGUUGAGGAGGUUGGUACGAAUUGGAGUAUUGGAUGAAGGUCGUAUGAAGCUUGAUUAUGUUUUGGGUUUGAAGAUUGAAGACUUCUUGGAGAGAAGAUUACAGACCCAGGUUUUCAAACUGGGUCUUGCUAAAUCAAUCCAUCAUGCAAGAGUUCUCAUUCGGCAGAGGCAUAUUCGUGUUCGGAAACAGGUUGUCAAUAUUCCGAGCUUUAUUGUUCGGCUGGACUCUCAGAAGCACAUAGAUUUCUCAUUGAAGUCUCCCUUCGGAGGUGGACGUCCAGGCCGUGUCAAGAGGAAGAAUCUGAGGAAGGCCACUUCAGGUGGUGGAGCAGCAGAUGAAGAAGAAGAUUAAGUGUUGUUAAUUUGGAAAAUAUGAAGCAUCAAUAAAGUACUAAUGAAUAUUGUAA